AUGGGCAUUGUUGCAAAUGUUCCCACACUAAAAAAUCCAGAAGAUGUAAUCAUAGAAGUUGGACCAACAAAUGAGAUUGUUUAUAUAUCAGAUGUUUUAAAUGAGAUUUCUUCUACAACAAACAGUACCUCAAUAGACAAAAAUAUCUUCAAAAAUGGGACUUUGUUUGAGCAUAUAAUUUCGCUUCCACCAAAGUGA